AAGGAAACAAGGAAGGGUGCGACGGGGGCAAAGAGAAAUGGAAAUUGAGUAUGGGGACAUCACGAGCGACGAGGCUGUUGGCUUUUGCCUGCCGGAUCCUAGGAAGGCCAGGGAAGACACCCUGAGCUUGCUGCAGGCGAUGAUCAGAAACCGAUGCGAGAAUUUUGGCGACGGGCUUUGCAAGGAAAGCAGAAGCAUCAAGGUUCUUCAGGACUAUCUCGAGGGACACGGGCUGCAGACAGAGUGUCAUGCGAGGCCAGAACGGCCAGAACGCCACAACAUUGUCUCCAGCAUCGGGUCCGGCUCCCCGAGAGUGAUGCUUGGCCCGGCACACGUGGACGUCGUCCCCGCCACCCCGGAUGACGCCUCACAGGUUCAGCAGGUGUACAGCGGCUGGGACGAAGAUCCCUGGUCGGGGACGGUGACGGAUGGCGAGGUGUUCGGGAGAGGCGCGGUGGAUAUGCUCAACACGGUAGCAGCCAUGGCAGUGGCUUUCGUAAGCAUCAAGGAGAGCGGAGUGGCGCUAAACGGGACCCUUCUGUUCUGUGCCGUGAGCGACGAGGAGGCCGGGGGGGAAGACGGAGCCAAGUUCAUCUUGAGCGAUCCGGGACUGAAGAAGCUAUUCACCGCCGACUACUGCGUCACGGAGCUUGGUGGAGCGUCUAUCCCGGACUUUAAGCUGCGGCCCACGCUGUCGUUUUUCCAGAGCACCGCAGAGAAGGGCACGACCAAGGUGGAGGUAACGCUAAGGGGGAGACCAGGCCAUGGCUCUGUUCCAAGGGCCGCAGACAACGCUCUUGUUAGGGCCGCGGAGGUGGUGAGGCGGGUACAUGCCUACAGCGCGCCCACGGUCAUCACACCAGAAUGGAAAGGGUUCGUGAAAGCACUGCAGCUUCCGGGACCUCUAGAGUGGCUGCUGACCUUUCCACCGCUGCUGCCGCUAGUCCUCAUGGUUCUGCUCAAGAUGGGCAGUCCCAUUGCACCAGUGGGGCACGCGUUGACGCGGCUCACGAUGUCCCCCAACGCUCUUGUUGGAGCGGUGAAGGACAACGUCGUGCCUGGUAUCUGCACGGUGGCUGUGGACUGCCGGACCCUGCCUGGCCAAAGCGAGGAGUAUGUGUUGGACCACGUGAGGAAGGCGCUAGGGUCCGACAUAGCCAGCGAUGUCGACCACUGCAGUAUUGGAGCACAAUCCCACAUACCCGCGUCGAGGUCGGAGCCUGACACGCCCUUGUGGAAAGCUAUGGAAAAGGCAGCUUCGGCGGUGAUCAAAGGCGCCUCACUCGUGCCGGUGAUGCUGCCGGGGGGUACGGACUGCAGAUACUACCGCGGGAUUGGAGGGGCCGUUGCGUACGGUGCCAACCUUCUUGAGCCUUCCAUGACUUUCGGUGAUUUGACAAAGCGGUUCCAUGGUCAGAACGAGCGCAUUGGCCUGCGGUCGCUUUGGACGAGCGUGCAGUUCUACUCUCUGAUGGUGAAGAAUCUCAUGGUUGCCGAGUCAGCAUGAUUGGCGACGGGAUGCUCUUGGUAAUUCAAGAACAGGGGUACGUUCUCUUCCGUUAAAUCUCGCCCUGGGUACUCUGCACAGGCUGAGUGACUGCAGACUUUCGCCAAGAAUCCGCGAGGCGUUGAUAGAUUCGAAGAAACUAUUUUGGCGGGAGACAUGCCUGGUGCCGCUCGUGCGGCGGACUUUGGCCUUUUUCUUUGCUCGUGUAGAGUGGCCAUGGGAAGUCAUCAGUCACUCUUG